AAACGAUGACGGAUAAGUAGACAUCAUACACUAAACCGCGAACCGUAAGAUAGAGAAAACCGUUUGAUCGUGACAGACCAAUGGAAAGUUGCAACCCGGUUCAGUUUUUGGUGUUUCUUGUAUUGGGCUUUCUUAUGCGAGCCAGUUAAAGGCCCAUUAUAGUUCAAACUCUAAAAACUAUCCGUUAGGAAACGCGUGCUCUGCAAAGAAGCAUAAAUACAUAACAGAUACAAAAGCUUAUCGACGGAUCUGAGUUAUUAAAAGGGGUUUUGAUUCUCUCUCUUCUUCUAUUUUAGUUGAAUCGUCCCUCUCUACUCUUCGAUGAUCAGGUUUAUGCUUCGAGUUUUUUUUGAAGCUCAACUUCGCUUGGAAGCAUCAUAUCACAAUUGGCUGGAGGUUUCUCUUGUCACCGAGGUUGGUAGUGCGCAUAAGGAAAGGAAUGUUGUGAGAUGGAAAAAAAUGACGCACGGCUUAAAAGUUAAAAAAAAACGUCUUUACAUAAAGACUAAGAAUCAGUUUUCCACUACACACGGCUUAAGACAAAGACUUUAUUUUGCUACCCACGGCUUAGAACAACUAGAUGGAAAAAUGUACCCACGGCUUCUGAGCAUGUCUUUAGACAGAGACUAUAUUGCUUUUUGGAACACGGCUUUGAGCAUGUCUUUAGACAGAGACUAUGUUGCUUGUUGAAUGAAGAAAUGGAUACCCACGGCUUUAAGCUUGUCUUUAGACAGAGACUA